AGGAAGGGGAGAAAGCCACCAAGAAAGUGAGCGAGCGAGCGGGGAGGAGAACUGAAAGUUGAAGCGAUCUAAAGCCCUGCGCUUUCUUCCUCCGCCUCCCUGUCCCCGGGAGCCGCUGGCUUUUGCCGGAGUUUGUAUGGAGUCAAUUACAAUGUGAAGGUGAAAUUCACUACUUGCAGAUUUCAUUCCGCUCCAUGUCUAUAAAAAAAUCGGUUUGAACUGAAGAAACUUGAAGAGCUGUCGUGAGGAAACUGAUGUUUUCUGCUGGCUGGUGGACACCAAAUUUGAGAGAGUUUUCUGGCUAGUGAACAUGCAUGCAGCCUGACUAUUUCUACAUGACUGUGUGGGGCAAUAUAUGGAAUUAAGUCAUGUCAUCUACAAGCAAUGACACUGAUAUUGAGGAAUUUUUGGUCAACAUUAACCUUGCACAGUAUCUUCCUAACUUUAAAAAGUAUGGCUAUAACACUGUGAUGGAUUGUGUGGGAAUGAAUAAUAGUGUGCUUCAGCAGAUGGGAGUGUUGCCUACAGGGCAUCGCAGAAGGAUUCUUAAGCAGUUAGAAAAUCUUUUGGAAAUUCCAGGAAAUUCUCUUUUCUGUGAAAAUCUAAAAUUCAAAGACUUGAAAGGUUUAGAAGAGAAGCAAUAUUCAUCCUCAGAUCAGGAAUCUCCUGUGAGCAGUUCAAGUGUAGAUGGGACUGGCUUGAUACCUGCGACAUCAUCAGAACAACUUCUUAAAAAAUCUUGUGUCAAUAAGGAAAAGUUUGAGCUUGCAGAGCAAAGCUCGAUGGCGGCAAAUGAUGAUAGCUUUACAAAUUUGGAUUUUUCCAGUUUAUACCAGAAUUCAGACAGCAUACUAGAAGCUGUCAGUCACAGUAGAAAUAUCAAGACGAAUACUCAGCCAAAUGCAUCACUGACAGAAGCUACUGCAUACCAAGCUGAUGAGCACUUGACUGGCCCUUUGGUGUUCCGUGAUCCUCCUUCAUUUGUUCGUUCAUGCGAGACAAAAUGCAAAGAAAACAAACAGCAGAGGUUUGUGGAUGAGGGUGGUUUAUCUGAUAGUAAACCAGAUUCUCCAUUCUAUAAGUUUAAAGGAGAAAUGAUAGACAAUGACUUGUAUGAUUCCUGUACGGCAAACUGCAUGAAAGUAUUUCCAAGCCGAUCUUUUAUCUUAAGGCAUCGACCUGUACCAGAAAUUCCUGAAUCAAGUAAAGUUCAAGCUUCAUCAAGUUCCCUUCAGAGAAGAAGAAAUAUGGACGUUGUAAAUAUUUCUUGCACUGGGAGGCAAAUUUCACAAAACAAUAAUUUCAUGGAAGAAAAGCCACCUGUUAUCUCUCCAUAUGGGGAAACCUUUAUUUGUGACAACACUAAAGAUACUCAAGAACUUCAUGGAAAUGAAUUCCUGGCCUGUGAAAAUAAAUUGGAUCUAGGAAUGAAUGAAGAAUAUUCUUCCAAGAAUCUAAGUUGCUUCAAUUAUCAGAAAGACAAGACAAAAGAGUUUGCAAAAAGUGAAUCCUUGUCUCAGGAGGACCCAUCAUUAACACCAGAAGAAUCUGAAAGCGAAUCUGUAUAUUCUGUUGUGGAACAACAUUCUUUGUCUAUAAAGAAAAAGAAAAAUAAAACCAAAACACACUCAACAUCUUGCAGUGUGAUACAAAGUGAAGAUUUUGAUCGCUUGGCCAGUGAACAAAUGAAUUCUUGUCAAUUUGGUGAAGAUCAAACUUUGAUUGGAAAUGAAUCAAUAGCACCAUAUGCUUGCUUCUAUGGACCAUCAGUAAAGAAGGUUAAAGCAGGAUGGCUGGAUAAAUUGUCCCCUCAAGGCAAAUGUAUGUUUCAGAAGCGCUGGGUUAAAUUUGAUGGAGACAGCAUUUCUUAUUACAACAAUGAAAAGGAAGUGUUCUCAAAAGGAAUUAUACUGCUUUCUGCAAUAGCAACAGUAAGAGUUCAUGGGGAGAAUAAGUUUGAAGUUGUCACAUCCCAUAGGACUUUUGUUUUCCGUGCAGAUAAAGAAGAAGAAAGAAAUGACUGGGUUAAUACAAUGCUCAAUGCCUUGAAAUUGCAGUCUGAUAAUAACUCUCAGUCUCGAACUUCUGCCACCCCUGAGAAAAGCGGAUAUCUUGAGCUGAAAGGAUACAAAACCAAAAUCUUUAUUCUACUUCAGGGGAGUACUGUAUGGAUCUGCAAAAAUGAGCAGACACUGGGCACAUGUGCAAAUUUUGGAGGACUGGUGCUGCACCUAGAGGACUUUAAGACAGGAUUUGGUAUCACUUUAAUCCCUAUGAAUGUGGCAAAUGUAAAACAAGUGGAUCGGACUGCAAAGCAAUCUUUUGAAAUAAUUACUCCUUAUAAAAGCUUUAGCUUUACAGCAGAGUCAGAAAGAGAGAAACAAGACUGGAUUGAAGCACUCCAGCAAUCAAUAGCAGAAACUCUAUCUGAUUAUGAAGUAGCUGAGAAGAUUUGGUUCAAUGAGUCCAACAGGAACUGUGCUGACUGUAAAGCUCCUGGUCCUGACUGGGCAUCCAUCAAUCUCUGUGUUGUCAUUUGUAAGAAGUGUGCAGGACAACACAGAUCUUUAGGACCAAGAGAUUCAAAGGUCCGAAGUCUAAAAAUGGAUGCCAGCAUUUGGAGCAAUGAACUUAUUGAGCUCUUUAUCGUCAUUGGAAAUAAGAGGGCAAACAGUUUUUGGGCUGGAAAUCUUCCUCCAGAUGAAGAAUUGCAUAUUGAUGACCCUGCGGAAAAAAGGAUAGCAUUCAUUACACAAAAAUACAAAGAGGGAAAAUUCAGAAAAACACCUUUUCACUACAAAACCAAGGAACAGUUGAAUAAGGCCCUGUGUGCUGCUGUAGUCAAGCAAGACGUGCUGGAAACUCUGAUAUUGCUCUUCAGUGGGGCUGAUGCUAUGUGUGCCACUGGCGACCCUGUUUACAGCACCCCAUACUUACUAGCCAAGAAAGCUGGGCAAAGACUGCAGAUGGAAUUCCUGUACCAUAACAAGUUUUCAGAUUUCCCAAACUAUGAUCCUUGUUUUGAAAGUGGCUUCUCUGAAGAUUCUUCACAUUCCACCUUUCUUUGUGAGUUCUUGUACAAAGUUUCUUCUAAUGCAGCUAAGCUUGCUACAGAGAAGAAAUUGAAAGAAGAUUGCAACAAAAAAUGGUGCACUUUGGAAAGUGGCUUUCUGAGCUACUAUGAAAAUGAUAAAACUACCACUCCUAAUGGUAUGAUUGACAUCAAUGAAGUUAUCUGUCUUGUAGUACACAAGUCAGACUUCUUUUUAAAUAGAGGGGACAUCUUUACAUUUGAAAUAUACUUAAUGUCAGAACGUGUUUUUCUAUUUGGAGCUGAAACUGCAUAUUCACAAAGAAAAUGGACUUCAGCAAUAGCUAAGCAUUUUGUUCCCCCGGUGGCUGAAUCAUUGUUAGAGCGAGACUGUGACCUUAUUGGGCAGCUGUACUACAAAGAUUGCCAUAGCCUGGAUCAGUGGAGAAAAGGCUGGUUUGCUAUAGAGAAGUCAAGCCUUUACUUUUGUCUUGAAAUGGAGGAUGCUGAAGAAGAUUCCAUAUAUCUAAGGAGGCUGCAAGAGCUAACAACCAGUAGUGUGAUGCAAAAUGGAGAGAGAAUAGACAUCCUGCUGCUCGUUGAAAAGGGAAGAACUCUAUACAUCCAUGGCCAUACAAAGCUGGAUUUCAUGGUCUGGUAUACUGCAAUUGAGAAAGCAGCAGGUACAGAUGGUAAUGCAUUACAAGAUCAGCAGCUCAGCAAAAAUGAUGUUCCUAUUAUAGUGAACAGCUGCAUAGCGUUUGUUACACAGUAUGGAUUAGGUAGCAAGCAAAUCUAUCUUAAAAAUGGUGAUUCUUCCAAUGUGACUGAACUGCUGGAAAGCUUCAAAAAAGAUGCAAGAAGUGUUAAACUAAGAGCAGGAAAACAUCAACUUGAAGAUGUGACUGAUGUACUGAAAAGUUUUCUUUCUCAAGUAGAUGAUGCACUUCUCACUAAAGAACUUUAUCCAUUCUGGAUCUCUGCAUUAGAUACGCAGAAUGAAAAGGAACGCGUGAGGAAGUACAGAGCUUUUAUUCGGAGUCUUCCACCAGUCAAUAGAGCAACUUUGGCUGCUUUAAUUGAACAUCUUUACAGGGUGCAGAAGUGUUCUGAAAUUAACCAAAUGAACCCUCACAAUUUAGCCGUGGUGUUUUCCUCAUGCUUAUUUCAAACUCAAGGCCAAACUAGUGAAGAAGUCAAUGUAAUUGAAGAUCUAAUUAAAAAUUAUGUGCAACUUUUUCAUAUAAAUGAAGACCAAGUCAAACAAAUGGACAUAGAGAACAGUUUUAUUACAAGGUGGAAAGACACUCAGGUUUCCCAGGCUGGAGAUUUGCUUAUUGAAGUUUAUGUGGAGAGAAAGGAGCCAGACUGCAGUAUUAUAAUCAGGGUAUCACCUUUGAUGGAAGCAGAGGAAUUAACUAAUGAUGUUUUAGGAAUCAAAAACAUUAUUCCCAGCAAAGAUGAUGUCUGGACUGCUUUUGAAGUACUUGAAAAUGGAGAAUUAGAACGUCCUCUGCAUUAUACAGAGAAUGUACUAGAACAAGUUCUUCACUGGAGUUCACUACCAGACCCUGGCACUGCAUAUCUAAUAAUAAAGAGAUUUCUAACAGCAGAUAUGGUGAAUCUCUACAGUGACAAAAAUGAGAAAGGUAGCGUGAAAGCGGGCAAUCUGAAGUACAAGGAAGAGCCAUCAAAACUACUGUCUGGAAAUAAAUUUCAAGACCGUUAUUUUGUGUUACGGGAAGGAAACUUGCUUCUGUAUAAGGAUAUGAAGGCUAGCAAACCUGAGAAAGUGUUGCCUGUCAAUUCUCUGAAGCUUUAUCUUGGAGUGAAAAAGAAAAUGAAGCCACCAACAAAGUAAGAAUAGAGAAAAGUAUUGUGGUAUCAUAAAUAAAGGGUAGCUUAGAACAUUGUGGAACAAGCAAAA